GAAGAAUUGCCAAAGACAAGGAUUGUUUACAACUUUGCCUUGCCAUUGUUAGUGUCUUGCAUAUUUUGUAAUCUCUUUGACAGCUGUUUCAUGUGACAAAUGUCAUCUGCUGACGAUCAAGUUUGUGAUGAUGAUAGCGAAAAAAUAGAUUGUAUCUCAAGUAAAAGACUUGGGAAAAGAAAACAGCAUGGAAAACCGGAUUGUGAUGAAUUAAAAUCAAAACUUCAGAAUUGUGAUGUUGACAAUGUCUUUAAGUUACCGUUCAGUACACCUAAGAAGUCGAUUGAAAAUCCGAUCAAAACAUCAACUGAAAGAAUAAAUUCAAGCAUGGAUCCAGAAGAAAUCUCUGAGGUGCUGGAUGGAAUGGAUGAAGAAAUUGAUCAUGUUCUGGUAGAAACUGCCAAUAAAAAUAAAUUGACUGCAAGAAAUGUCAAAAACAUUCUCCGACAUGUUAUAACGAAUGAAUAUGUCUUAGCUAUGGUGCGCAACACUAUGAAAUUGGAAAAUAGUGAAGUUGAUGAUCUGGAUGAAGCGCCUUUUGAGCCUAAGUUAACACGAUCCAAAGCAAAGGAAUUGAGAGAGAAACAGCGCAUACUUCCAUGGCCAGUUUCUUCCCCUAUGAAGCAGCCUGAUGUGGCUUCCAAGCAACUUCUAGAAGCAGAGUUUUCUGAGGAGUCUUCUGAUGAAGAUUAUAAGCCUACAGAAGAAGAGGUUCCAAGUGAAGAAGAUGAAGGAGCAUCAUCUCCCAAAUCUGGAGCUUGUGAGUCUUCCAUUUGCGAAUCACCUGCUGUACCAACCGUUACAAAACUUAAUGAGGAAUUUGGAGAUGAGGAAAACAAUCUUAUUAUUGUAUUUGAUGACCCUGAAAAACCCUCCGAUGUGUCUGAGGCUGAUAAAAUUGCAUUGAGAACCCGAUCUAAAUUGUGUUUAAAUGCCACAUCCCUAGAAGAUAUUGAAGCCUCAUAUGUUGCUCCUGACAUUACAAUGGAUAUGUAUGACACAACAUGUGAUGAUGAAGAAUGGCAAAAGUUUUUGCAAGCAGUUUUUAAGUCUACGGAUUCAUCACUUCCGACAGAAGUCCCGGUUGAAGAAACAGAUGAUGCAGAAGAUGAUCCAGAGUAUAAUGUCUUAGAAGAUGAUGAUAUGCCAGAUGAGUUUGAUCUGCGUUAUGAUAAAGCAGUAAAAAUCCCAAGAAAAGAAUUGAAUGCUUUAAUGGAAGAAAUAUUAGAGUUCGAUUACCAAGGGAUGCCUGAUUGUGAUGAAGAAGAAGAUCUGGAUAUUUCAUUUUCUGAAAACAACAGAACGGAUACACCAUGCAUACCUGCCUUGCCUGUUGAAAAUGAUUUUGUUGAAAAUUUUUAUUCUCAGUGGAUGACAGCUGAAGAAAGAAUGCUAUUAGAUGAGCAAAUGAGAAUGUAUGUUCAACUUCUUGCUCAAUCAUUUUUACUUUCUGUUGGGAUUCCAGAGCUCAAUUUUCUCAGCAUUUCGACCAAACUCUUCCUGGAUGAAAUUAAAAUGUUUGCAUCUAAAGAAAUGACUAGUGGAGUUAAAUCUGCUUUUUACUCUCAUAAUCUGGAUGGUGCGUUAAAUAUUGUAAAUGAAUAUGAAAAUGAGCAGUAUUCAUUUCAUAGACAGGCAUCAAUGAUUCAAAGACCCCUAAGUAUUGGUCCAACUCGAAUAAAAAAAACACUUGCAAGCAAUGAAGUUUUCAUGUAUCCUGAGCUUCUGCCGAUUUGUAGCUUUCACAUUAAAUUUGAAAGACGGAAGACAUCUUUCACAGAAGGCGAGGACAAUCUCAUUGCACUUGGGUUAGAGCAAUUUUCAUCAACAUCAUGCCCUGUAUAUAAUAUUAUGACUCUUAUGAUGCCAGCUAAAACUGAGAGGCAGAUUAAAAUUCGAAUAAAAAAUUCGAGAUGCCACAAAAUGUCACUUAGUAAUCCAAUUAAGUUUUAUCAUGUUUACAAAGUAGCUCCUACUUUUCCAAGAAUCAUCAGAUUGUUUGAUCCUGAGAAGGUUAAGGCUCCAAAAGAUUUGCCUCCUGAAAUUCUACCUGCAUGGAUGAAACCUUUUUGCACAACAGUGACACCAAUAGCUCCAGCUGCAGAAAAGAAUUCACUUAAUGCUCCAACUUUUGAUACACCACCUCCUAGUAAAAGAAAAUAUUGUCCAAUAUUACCUCGUGGUUUGCACUUUUCUCCUUUAAAGCAGAUUUCUCCUAUUCUGAAGAAAUACUCACAGCAAAGACGCUCUGUUUCCAUGGUGCCAUUCAAUUCUGCCUCCCCUUGUAAAAGAAAGUGUACAACUUUUGUCAAAAAACCAAAUAACAAACCUCUUCCAAUUAAGCCUAAACCAGUUGCUGUAGAUAUAAAACAGGAGCUUCCUUCACAUGACUUAAAGUCUGUUCCAUCUACAGCUACUGCAUCCAAUUUUAAAAAAGAAAUGAAGCAGGUAAAUAAUCAACAAUCUAAUAAAGAACCAAAUUUAGUGUGUUCGUCUGUAAAUAAAUCAUUUUCAAAUAAAGUAGCUACACAAACAAAGUUACGUGCUCCUGUGAAUGAACUAAAUGCUUCAUUAGCUCCUUCAGUUUCAAAAUCAAAUGAAGCUGAAGCUGAAAUAUGUGAUGAAGUUGAUGAAGAAGCCAUCGAUGAUGAACAAGACUUAGUCGCUUUAAUGGCUGCUAGUACUACAAUCUGCAAAAAACAACAGUCAACAAGUAAAAAGAGAAACAGAUUGCAGAGGGAUUUGGAAUCCUCGUUAGCUCUUUUACAACCAAAUUUAAUUGAAAAUGAUCCUAAGAGAGAAGAAAGAGAAGCUCUUUUUGCAAAUUCUUAUCUUUUAAGAGUCACUGAAGCUUUAAAAGCUGAUCCGGAAACUUGUGAAAUGUUUUUAAAAGCUCUGUGCAAGUAUCAACACAGUGCAAAAUCUCCUGUUAAGUUGUAUUUUGAAUUACAAGACAUUCUGAAAAACUAUCCUGGUCUGGCGGAUGAUUUUAUUGCAUUUUUGAGUCCUGAGCAAGCUAAAGUUUGUGGAAAAUACAAAGAGUUUACCAUGCUUCGCAAAGUACGAGAAUUCUUAAGAAAAGUUGAGAUUCACUUUAGCAACCAGCCUCAACAUCUUGUAAGAAUCUUAAGAACAUUUGGGCAGCUUAGGCUCCAAAAAGGCAUUACUUCAGCAGAAGUGAUAAAUGCCCUACAAUCUUUACUGAGAAAUCAGAGUCAUCUGAUGGAAGAAUUAUCCAGUCUUCUACCAGACACACCUCCCCCUGAAUAGUAUGUAUAAAUGUUACAGCUUGAAAUUUCCAUUGUAAAUUAUUGUAUAAAUGGUGUUAGAAAUGUUAGUGAAUCUAAUUUGAGUGCAAUUUUAUUUAAAAUGAAAACAUUUGUAAAAUUUAUGAAAUUGUGCAUAGGUACAUGGUACACAUUGUAAA